CAUUCACUCAGGGUCCCCGGGAAGGGCUUGUCAGUAUGGGUGGGUCCAAGGUAGGACAGUCAAAAUGUUCAGCACGGUAGGAAACAACUCCGUGCACGAGGGACCCCAAUAGUCAGCGUGUGUUGGGGGCAGGAAGGCAGACGUGAAGCCUAGACAGGUGCGAACACGCACAUGUGUGUUCCUGGCCACGUGUGUUUGUGGACUUUGAGACAAAACUUUUGUUUUGGUUCCUGGGGUAAAGUUUCCAUUCAACAUUUUCCUCUACUGUUUAAUUUUUUUUUUUUAAUUACAAAACUCUGAGUAGAAAAAGUGCAACACCUUUGAACGGACUGGGACAGGCAGUGGACAACAGAUGGAUCCGGUGGCCAACAGCUGCGUGAGGAACCCCCAGUCCCCAGCCCCCAUCUGGGGCUGCCUUCGAAAUCCCCACUCGGAAGGCAGCAGCGCCUCGGGGCUGUCCCAUUAUCCCCCAACCCCGUUUUCCUUCCACCAAAAAUCAGAUUUCCCAGCGACAGCAGCAUACCCCGACUUCUCUGCUUCCUGCCUGGCAGCCACCCCACACAGCCUGCCCCGGACUGAGCGAAUCUUCAAUGAGCAGCGUCCUGCCUUCUCACAGACCCCUGACUGGCACUUCCCCAUCUCUGAAGCCUCGCAGAGGCUCAACCUAGGCCCAGCUGGGAGCACCAGAGAGAUGGGGGCUGGCAGCCCCAGCCUGGUGGAUGGCACAGGAGGACUGGGGGAGGACUGCGUGGUACUUGGGACCAUCGCCAAUGAGACGGAGAAGAAAUCAUCCAGAAGGAAGAAAGAGAAGUCAGACAACCAGGAGAAUGGAGGAGGAAAGCCAGAAGGCAGCAAGGCCCGGAAGGAGAGGACGGCCUUCACCAAGGAGCAGCUACGGGAGCUAGAGGCAGAGUUCGCCCACCACAACUACCUGACCCGACUCCGAAGAUACGAGAUUGCGGUCAACCUGGACCUCUCAGAGCGGCAGGUCAAAGUGUGGUUCCAGAACCGGAGAAUGAAGUGGAAGCGUGUGAAGGGGGGUCAACCUGUGUCCCCACAGGAGCAGGACCCAGAGGACGGGGACUCUGCAGCUUCUCCAAGUUCAGAGUGACAUGCUCCAAAGAUCAAAACCAAGAAAGACUGAACGAACCCCCUUUCCAAUUCCCACCAGUCCUACCCUCACAUCUUCUGGACCCAAACAGGGCAGCCUGUGCACACCUUGUGUUGACUCUUAGAUGUGAAGUUGCCCAGUAUGUGGGAGCCUUGAAUUCCCCAGAAGAUUUAGCCAAGCAUCAACCUGUCACAGCAGCCUCUUCCCCAGGACUUCAACUUCCCAUGCUCUCUUGAACCCUACAGGACCCAGUGGACGGACAGGGAAACUAUAGAAACAGAACCUGGGACCCUCUUUUCUGGGUCUCUUAGCUGCUACCUACACCUACCACCCACCUCCUAUUUCCAGGUCUCCUCUGCGUCUGGCUUCAUCUGUGCAGAAUUGAUUCCUUGGCACCAGCUGGUGACUUGUGAAAGCAAAAACCUCUCCAGAUGUUCACAGCAUUGAGUUGAAGGCUAGAAAAUGGCUCCUGUGUCACAAGAGCUGAUGGAUGAGGACCUAGACACGUGGACCUUGGGAACAGAAAGUUCUCAGGCUGCAGCAUCCUGUGCUCUCCAAGGACUCUGCCUGCAGAUGAGCACAGGACAACAGUCCAUCUUCCUCCAUAGAAUUCAUUUGGGUCUAUCCUGCAUGUGCUCCAAAAACUGUUUGUGGGAAGAACUCCCAGGUUCACACACAUGCGCAGCUCAGAUCUCAGACCCAGCUUCUGAGGAUGUUGCCAUGAGACCUGGUGGGCAAACAGCCUCGGGCUACAGUGUCCUUGGAAGAGACCCCUGUGCCUCAGUAUGAGAUGGUGGGUCUCCCAGGUCCUGCUGAUGUUGCAGAAGGAGGGUCAGCAAGUAUUUGAAUUUCUUGCAUGGAGAUUUGAUUGUGAGUGUUUAAAAAUAACCCCAGUUCCCCACCCCACCCCAUCAAGACAGAAGCUGUGGAAAAUGAUUGUCAAAUGAAAUGGCAAGUUAGAGCAUGUAUCAGUUUCCCCCUAAAUCAUACUUCAUAUGUUUUUCUUCCUAAGAUUACAUAAAGCUAAUUGUACAAGGUCAAUUCACUUUGUAAGAAAACUCUCAGAGAAAUAAAAAAAAAAAAAAA